AUGGCCGACGUCCUGGACAACCAUAACCUCCCUGAUGCUACCAAGGAUCCGUCCAAGUUUGUCUACUUUCACUCCGGCUCCAAGGCGUCAUACAGGCCUAUCACUAGCACGCAGAAGGCCUUUACGUCCAUUCCGACAAUCGAUUUGACGAAUAUCGAUUCGCCCUCUCUUGAACUUCGCCAGGCCAUAGCGAAGGAAAUGUACACGGCUUGUCACGAUGUUGGCUUCUUCUACGUUGUCAACCACGGCAUUCCCCAAAGUGUCAUUGACGAUGCCUUCAAACUGCUGAAGCGAUUCUUCGCUCUUGAGCGCGAUAUCAAGAUGGAUGCUCAUGUGCAGAAGAAUCCUGCCAUCAGAGGUUAUGAACCUAUGGGCGAGACCAAACUGGACCCGCGUACUAGAGGAGAUGUCAAGGAGGCUUUCACCAUGGGAGACUGUCCGCUUGAGCCCGAACAAGACUACGUUGGUAAAACAGGCCAACCUCCCCCAUCACACCUCAAGCGCCCCCAGAACAUCUGGCCAUCUGAGGCACCAUGGUGGCGCGAGGGCUUGUACCAAUACUAUAAUCAUGUACUUCCCCUCGCGAUGAAAUUGGUAAAGCUUUUUGCCCUCGGGCUUGGUCUCCCAGAGGACGAACUAGACCAGUACUUCAAAUUUCCAAUCACUGGCAUGCGUCCGCUGUACUAUCCACCUACACCUGUCGACAACGAUAACAAGGAUGUUACCAACGUCGGCCUUGGAGCGCACUCUGACUUUGACUGGCUCACGCUCGUGCUUCAAGACAGCGUUCCAGCACUCGAGGUGCUCAACCAGUCUGGACAGUGGGUAUCAGCUCCGCCUACUCCUGGGACACUCGUCUGCAAUGUUGGACAGUUCUUGGAGCGACAGACCAACGGGCUAUUCCCCGCUACAGUGCACCGAGUACGAAACUUGACUGGCCUCGAGCGCUAUUCUCUACCUUUUUUCCUCACCAUGGACGUUGAUGCAGAGGUCGAUGUGCUGGAGUGCUGCCAACGUGAGGGAGAAGAGAAGCAGUACGAAAAGGUCAAAGUCAGUGAUCUUUACAUCAGGAGGAUUUUGCCUGCAAGAGCCAAGCACCCGACAGCUAUCAAGUACAAGGAUGUUCCUGAGGAUCAAUGGACCUACGAUAUGCUGUUGCAAUAA